CGAGUUGGGAGUCGCGUGGCGGCGACGUUCGGCUUGCAGUGUACGCCGACUGCCGAGCCGUGACUGACUCUGUGCCUCGUGGCCCUCGUGACUUUCCAUUGUGACCGCAGGUCCGUGUCUUUUCUCUUAUCGCUGAAAAAUUGACGCGACCAUUCCACGGGGACCAACCAGUCGAUCGUUUUUUAUGUGACUCGACUUUGCGACUGUCAACAGUCGAUCGUCGAUUCCGUAACAACGCGUGUGUUUACCUUCUGCUUCUCUUCGUCCCUUUUUUUUCAAGAACAGACCGCGUGACUGUCAUUCGUUGUCGAAUGACAAGACGAACGUGUUUUUUUUUUACAUACACACGACUUCCUUAUUAGAAGAAUUUAGCUGAACCAUCUUUUUCAAGGUUGAGUUUACUAAAUUGUGGAUAACAGUCGUGUGUCGCGUGUUAAUAUCUAAUUCGCGUUGUGAUUGUAUACAGACUACGCUUGACAUUAAUAAACACCGAGGUGUGUGUUGGAAGAGGAGAUUUAAAAAGAAUUUUGCUGGAUUCAAGCUGCAUUGCGUGUGAAGAUGACACUGACGUAGCUGAUCGAAGAUGGCUUCCAUCAUGGGGUUACAGCAGCCAGCUGCAUCCCAAGAUACCGUGGAUUAUACUGGGUAUUUGCAAUCGACGCAGUGCCAUCAAGUCCAUGGAAGUCAGACAAAUGGACAGAUCCAAUCUACACAGAAAUCACCGUCCAAUGAUCAUAAUACCAGUUUUACCAGCACGAAAGGAUUGCUCAAUGGACCUGGUCAAAACAACUGUUUCCUCAACAGCGCUGUUCAGGUGUUAUGGCACCUCGACAUCUUUCGGCGCAGUUUCAGGGAGCUUUCCGGGCACGCCUGCAUGCGGGAAUCCUGCAUCUUUUGCGCCCUCAAGGACCUUUUCUCGCAGCUGCAGUUUUCGCAAGAGAGCGCGCUGCCGCCCGACACGCUGCGCCGCGCUCUGGCCGAGAGCUUUCUCGACCAGCAAAGGUUCCAGCUCGGAUUCAUGGACGACGCUGCGGAAUGUUUCGAAAACAUUCUUCUGCGUAUACAUCUUCACAUAGCCAGCGGAGAGGCGGAAGACAUGUGCAGCGCGAGACACUGCGUGCCACAUCAGAAGUUCGCCAUGACGUUGGUCGAGCAAAGCGUUUGCGGAGCUUGCGGCGCAACCUCGGAGCCUCUGCCUUUUACACAGAUGGUUCAUUACGUGUCAGCGUCGGCACUGACGUCGCAAGCUCGACAGACACCUCCGAAUUCGCGAAACAGUCCGGAUCUCUUCGGUCAGCUCUUGCGAAAAGCCGGAGGCAUGGGCGACAUCAGGGACUGUCCGAGCUCCUGUGGUGCGAAAAUCCAAAUCUGUCGGACCCUGAUGAACCGACCGGAAAUCGUUUCCGUCGGAGUCGUAUGGGAUAGCGAACGGCCGUCGUUGGAGCAUAUCAUGGACGUUUUCGCAACCGUGGGAACGUCCCUCAGAUUGAGCGAUGUUUUCCACAGUGUAGUGGACUCUCGAUGGGGUGCCUCGACCGUGCACAAUCUCGUUGGAGUCGUCACGUAUUACGGGAAACACUACUCCACCUUCUUUUUUCACACUAAACUGAAGGUAUGGAUUUACUUUGACGACGCAACCGUCAAAGAAAUUGGACCACGGUGGGAACAGGUGGUGGAAAAGUGCAGAAGAGGCAGGUAUCAGCCGUUGCUUUUGCUGUACGCAACUCCUGGAGGAACUCCGGUGAAUACGGAAAAUGCCCCGAAAACCGUGACGCCUUUUCCGAACGGAAAUGGACUGAAGACACCCCCCAAGAAUAAUGUUCGACGAUCGAUCACGCCCAGCCCGGAAAAACCAUCGAUCAACAGUACCGCCAGACGUGCCAUCACACCAAAUCCUGAUAGUCCUCCUCACCCUUACACACAACGCAGGAUUUAUAGUGAUUAUCAGAAUCUGACGGACAUUCAGAACAACAUCUUUGGAAAUCAGGGUGUUGAUACCGUGGAUGGAGAGGCGGAAUCCAAGUAUAUCAGUCGACGUGCCGUGGAAAACGUGAUGCAACAGCAAAAGAAACAGCAAAUGCAGCUGACACGUAGUCUAAGCGCAGGAUCGACACCACAGGAUGCUAUCAGUAUUCCUGACCACUUGAACGUACCACGGAGGCGAGAUUCUGGAAACUGGUCUGGUGACCGGAACAGUGCUUCCUCGAGUUCCUCCACUACGAUGGAUAAUCCGUAUUUGUACAUCGUCAAUAAAAUGCAGAGGAACUCGGGUGUGCCAAAAAGCCCGACCAGCAAAUCUGGAGAACUCUCAAGUAGUAGCAGUGGCCAUUACGACGCUGGAUACGACUCGUAUUCUUUGUCGUCCACGGAUAGCCUUCCGCUCCAGCAAGGGCUAAAGCAUAACCUGCAGCUUGCCCAGAUUCCGGAAGGUUACCAAGCUUCCUCAGGCGACGACUGCGAGCGCCUCUGCAAAGAAACCGACGCACUCUUGGACAAAUCUCGAGCUGCUGAGGACGCGGGCGACCUCAGCACCGCGGUAGCUUUGUGCAGUGCAGCCAGCAGCAAAGCUAGAGCCGCCAUGGAUGCACCGUACAACAACCCUCACACUAUCAGAACAGCAAGGAUGAAGCACAAUACUUGCGUGAUGAGGACCAGGAGUCUCCACAGAAGAAUGUUGCAGGAGCAGGCUACAGCGAAUGGAGAGAAGGAAGAAGGAGCACCAGAAGGUAGACAUUCACGAGAGAACAGCAAAUCUGGCCAACACUCUCGACAGAGUUCCAGGGACAAAGGAAACCAUUCUCGACAAAACAGCCGAGAACUCCUAGUAAAUCCUCCCUCUACAACUACCGACAAACCUGCCACAAAGAGCAUCGAGAUCUACGCCACGUUACCAAAAAAGAAGACCCUACGCAGCAAGGCAACAGCCGUGAAUGUGAUUGAGGAUGAGGAGUACAUGUUAUACGAUCGACCAGUGCAAAGGACGGGAUUAUUCAGUCGUACCAAACGUUGUGACGACGAUAAGAAAGACAAAAAACGAGCUCGAAGUGAAGAAAGAAACAAGAACGUCUCUAAAGACUUCUCCAUUGCUCCCUCUCGUUCUUCUCCCUCGCCGAAAGGAGCCAAAGUGGAAAAAUCUAAAGAAAAUGACACGGUCGCCAAUAAUGUACGAAAUUCUCAAGCGAAUAACGCCAAUGGCGAACAAAAACAAGGCAAAAAGCAACACAAAAUUAGAAGAAAAUUAUUGAUGGGUGGGUUGAUCAAGAGGAAGAAUAGGAGCAUGCCAGAUUUACGAGAAGGCCAGGAUGGACAAACAAACGCCAGCGUGGAGGGUACCUCCAACACUUUACCGAAGCAGUCAGUGGACGAUUCAAGCGUUGGUUUAAAGGGCAACGAGGUGUGCCAAUCUCUAAGUGGCUAUUUAUCAGAAGGACACCUAGAGUUUACUGGAAAUAGUAAUGGCAGCCCAGGCAGUACUAGUAAUCCAAACUUGGAGAGAAGUCGUCUGAUGAGGAAGAGCUUCCACGGCAGCGCCGGCAAAGUGUUACACGUAGCGAAGGUUCCUCCGCCUCCUCCGCUCAGGACCACUUCUCAACUUAGCAAGUCUAAGUGUUCGGGCGAAGUGCACAACGAGCAGCAGUCUGAAAAAUCGGUCUAUCCAACAUCAGAAAGUCAAUGUACUUCUAAUCCACCUCAAGAUCAGAAUGGAACAUAUUGGAAUCACGUAAACGCGGCAAAUUCAGCUGGUGGAGCUAAUAGAACAUCUAAUUACACCGAUUACUCGUCCGAGUCUCAUUCUCUUCCAUUCUUACCCUCUUAUAGUUUGGAACAAAAUGGCUCGAAUAUACCAACGUCCUGUCCGUCGAAUUAUAACAGCAAACCUAGAAUUCAGGAUGACGUGGUACAGUAUGCUAAUGGAAUCUUGUAUGAACCCACGUUUGUGGUUACCAGAGCAGAUGUGCACAAUGAACAGAGUCCUGUGAAACAGCAAAAUCAAGUGGAUUCUCUGCCUCCAUAUCCUGAAAGUGGAAAUGUUUCUCAUUCGAGACAACCCAGCGAAGACUUCCCCCCUCCGCCAUAUCCUUCUAUUCAUUCUGUAUCUCAUUCGAGGCAAGCUAGCGAGGACUUUCCACCACCGCCACCUCCUAUUGAUGAAAGCUCUAACCAUGUUCAUGAUCAACAACAGUAUCAGGAACAGUAUCAACAUCAGUAUCAGCAGCAACAGUAUCAACAGCAACAGUAUCAGCAGUAUCAACAACACCAGCAACAGCAACAGAUCGUACAUAUGCAGCAGCGUCAACAGCAGCUGGAUAAUCAGCAUAUUAGUAGCUUAUUGUCCCAAUUGCAGAUGAAAAGGGAUCAGAUUUUAGCCUGUGAAGCUCCAAGAGAGGAAAAGAGAUCCGAAGAACAGGAGGAAGAAGAGAAAUCGUCUGGAGAGACUUGGUUACGUGAAUUGCAGGCGAAACAGGCAGAGAGGAGGAUGAAGAAACAGGGUCCUCUUGAACAAGAUACUCCAAAAGUUAGAUCGUCUGCCCCAACAAUUUCAGGACCAACGAUCGCCAGGAGAACGAGCGAUUUGAUGAUGAAUAGUCUUGGCCAAAGUUACGAUCAGUCCAGUCGGGAUGUGCCCGAUUGUCCAAGGGUCAUUUCUUCUGUUAAAGACAUGGCUGCUAGAUUCGAGCAAAUUAAGCUGCAACCAGUGCCUAAAACAGAACCAGACCAGAAAAUUCUAAUGAAGCAAAAUGUGAACUGUGUUUCUCCUUCUCCACUGUUAGAUGCUCCUCAGGAUGUACAAGUGGAAGAAUCGAGGCCAAUGAAGCUAUCCACAGAAAAUCUGGCGAACUUCACUAAAACUGAUAAUUCCUCGAGUCAGUCGAUCAUGAAUUCGAGCUUCGAAUCUAGUUCCAGUCAGAACAGUUUCAUUUCCACUACAGCUCCAAAUAAUCCCAUGCAAACGCAGCAGAGCGGAUUAAAUCAAGCGAUCAUGUCGAUGUCUCUUACGCUACCACACGAAAACGGUUUGCCUAUUGAUUAUCCAGAGGAUGACAUCAGCGAAGUUGCUAUGCAGAAUACCAUACAGAAUACGACGAUUCUACCAAGUGAGGACGAUAUCGCGCCGAGGAAAGUGAAACGACGAAUAGGAAAGAAGAAGAGCGUGUCGUUCUGUGACCAAGUCGUUCUCGUUGCAACUGCAGAGGACGACGAGAAAGAUUCUUAUAUACCUAAUCCGAUUCUGGAAAGGGUUCUUCGAUCAGCGAUGAACAAGCCAGAAACUGCUCAAGUCCUUCGAGAGAUUAGAAGUCUUCAGGAAGCGGAGAUGAAUAGAGAGAAUUGCACUGCUACCAAAUUCCAACAGCAGACUCUGCCACUGAAAAGCGAAGCGGACAGUGUUCCUGCGACUCCGUAUCAAGAUCAGUUGAGAAGCGUGAACCCUUUACCUAUACCAGACACGAUUAAACCUACUUUUGGAAGGCAAAAUUCAAACGAGUCGGUGGGAUCAUUGUCAGACAAGAAAUUAUGUGGUUCUUAUGGUAAUGAAGGGCAGGAUGUUGUCAGGGAUAGCUACUCAGGACUUCCCAAUGUAUCCAAACCACCUACAUCGUAUUCUCCCCAACUCCAGCAACAGAUAAGAUACUCUCAGAAUGGAUACAUGCCAUAUUUGCAGUCUCAGUCAACGUAUCCCCAAGCACAGACGUCUCACCCAAGAAACCAAGGCAUUCCUCUGUCUCAAACCCAGAAACCAGCCAGUCCUUACCCCACUCAAAUUCAGUAUGUACAGAACAACGUGCAGCAACAGAAAGGAAUGUCCCAAAAGAGCAGCUAUCAGACUUAUUACCAGUUAGAACAACAACACAAUCAGAUGAACAAACAGAUGUCUCAGCAACAGCAACCUAACAUGAACCAGAGGAUUACGAAUCACAAUGCAAGUCCCAUAACUGUUCAGCAUUCGCAGCAGCAAUUUGUGUAUCCACCAACUCAAUCUCCGAGCCCUUAUCAGAACCAAUACAGUCACAGUUCCUAUCAAGGUUAUCCCUACCAAUCUGUUCCUCAGCAGAAUAGAAUAAACCAACCUCUUCCACAGUAUCAGCCUCCACCCAAUCCUCCAACUUCUUAUCAACAACAACAGAGCAUGCAGAAUUACCAACAAAGACACGAUAAUUAUCAGAGGGCACCGCAAAAGGCCGACCAACAAAAUAUUUUGGCACCAAAUCAAACGUAUCCUAAUGCAUUGCAAAAUGGUCAGAUCCAGUCGAAUAUGAAGUACCCUACGUACCAGCAUCCCCCUGCGUCUAAACAGAGUAAACAAAUGCAUUUUGUGCCCACGUCAAAGGGUAGCCCGACAGUGGCGCAAUCUACGUCUCCGUUACAAAAGCCUACGGUUGGUGGCACUGUAAGAACCGCACCGUGUCAUCUCUGCCGGAAGAAACAAGUGACUGAACCUGCUAUUUACUGUUCAGACUGCGACUUUUACAUGUCUCGUUUCCGGCCAAAAAAUUAAGGUCUCUAUCAUAUAUGUUAACAGACAAAAUAUUAAUGAAUCGACGAAUCGAUUUGGUAGCAUGUCCUUUGUAGGAAAUGUAUAGACGAACUAUAAUUAACGCGUAGGAUAGUACUGUCUAAGCUAAACUUCUUUUUUGGUAUGUUAAUGAUAUAAUAGGGGUGCAACGCGCCCUUCCAUUUUUGUACAAAGUUAAGUUAGUCGUAGAUUUGAUGUAGUGGAAGACCUUCAUCGUGCAGCUACUAACUAGAUGUAUUCAUGUACCAUUGACCGUGUACUUAGCGACGUUUGUAAUUUAUAGUGCAUCAUAUAUGUAGAAGGAGACAUGGUCUCAUAUAUGUAUCAGUCGUGUUCUUAUGUAACAUCAUUUCGUGGUUUGUACAUUAGACUAACGUAGCAGAUAUGUUUCUCAAAUCUUGUAUCAUUUGUACUCCUCGUGAUUCUGUUGUACAUAGAUUAUUUCUAUGUAGUCUUUAAGUUUCUUGUAAAAAAAGUCGAUGUAACUCUCUUAGGGUUAGCUUUACGAGAAAGCGUUUCUGUUUUUCACGCAUACGCAUGUAUGAAAACGCUGCGAUUGUAUUUUCGUUCGGGAGACAGUUUGUCAGAAUUGUGAUACUAGCCAUGCUACAUAGAGUCUUAUCAUUAAACGUUUAGGAACCGUAUCGCGACGAAACGAUACGGAUAGUCGCACAAAAUCGUGAGAAAUAGAGGAAGCGUGGAGGGAACAUGAUCUCUGAUGAAAGCGUGAAGUUUAUAUUUUAUGUUGAUAGGUGUUGACGUUAUAUAUAAUUAUUGUGUACUUAACAGUUACGUUGUAUUGUAACGAUUGUCUAUGUGUACUAGAUCGAUGUACAAAUCCACACACCCCCUUCCCUCGAUUUUAUACGUUUUGUAUAAGUAUUUUGUUUUAAAAAUACUUGAUUUCCUCCCGAAUGACAUUGAAUAAAGCGCCGUCGAAAUAUUUCAA